CUAAAUAAAGGAACUACCCCCUCCCCCUGUGUUACAAGCCAGGUGGCCGGGCCAGCUGCAAAAACAGGCGCGUCACAGCCAAUCUUAUAAAGCGCACAGGUGCCCUUUAUUGAGCACAUUGCUCAUUAGUUAAGGUGUGUGUGCGGCGUGGUUUCAUGCUUUGUAGGUUAGCUACGGCCUUUUGGUCUGAAACCAUAUUGUUAUUGCAAGCAUGAGUGCCGGAGGAGGAACUCCUUAUAUUGGUAGUAAAAUAAGUUUAAUAUCCAAGGCACAGAUUCGUUAUGAGGGAAUAUUGUCUUCUGUGGACACAGACAGGUCCACAGUUGGUUUAGCAAAAGUUAAAUCUUAUGGUACAGAGGAUCGGCACGCAGAUAGACCAAUGCCACCCAAAGAUGAAGUUUAUGAAUACAUAAUCUUCAGAGGAAGUGACAUAAAAGAUAUUACUGUGUCUGAGCCACCAAAGCCACACCACGGACUUCCCCAGGACCCUGCUAUUGUUCAGGUAAAGUCAUCUAUUGGCAGCUCCUCUGCAAUGUAUCGUCCACGCUGGAGUCCUUACAGAGACAUGAUGCCCACCUACAAUCAGCUGGCUGCUAGUUCUCUACUCAACCAGCAGUACAGUGCAGCACUGGGGCUAGGACUUCAAGGCCAAGCUAGGAGAGCCCCUAUGGUUGAACAGGCUGUCCAGACCAUGCCUUUGGCCAGUGCCGCACAGAAAAGGGGAAAGCCUGCGACCCAGGCACCGAACAAACCCCUGGUUCGCCCACCCCAGCGCCCUGUACGCUCUGGUGCCCAGGUUCAGAAGGAAAAUAUACCCACCAAGCAGGCACCAUCUCAGUCAAGUGCUGCCUCCACUGAAGGCCAAAACACUGGGAACCAGAAACAAAGGCCAAAACAAGGCAGUCGCAGGCCCAGGAACAGAAGCAGAGGCCAACUAAUAGUGAAAAACUCAAAGGCUACAACUUUGGAGUUUGAGUCAGAUUUUGAUUUUGAAAGUGCAAAUGCUCAAUUUAAAGAUGAUCUCACAAAGGAGGGUGCAGUUGAGGAGUCUUGGGAGGCCCAGGAGAGCCCUCCUGAACAGGAGGAGGAACAUCUCAGAGACAAGUACUAUGACAAAGCCAAAUGCUUCUUUGACAACAUCUCAGCAGACCUUAAGCCCAGAAGGACCACCUGGGCUGAGGAGAAAAAGUUGAACAUAGAAACAUUUGGAGUACCUGGUCGCUUCCUGAGAGGCCGAGGAUUUAGGGGCCGUGGACGCAAAGGGCAGAGUGCCCCUGAGCAGCGAGUCCUCCCAAAAGUUGGUAGUGGGCGAGUGUGAAGGAUUUCUUUUUUUGUUAACUAUUGUAAAUAUUGUAGUUUCCUGCUUAUUUAAGAGAUACCGCUUUGAUUUCCACCAUCUGCAUAAGCACUCUAAGUGAAGAUUUUUUUGUUUUUGUUUUUUUUGUUUUGUUUUUGUUUUGUGUUUUUGUUUGUCCCAAAUGUGCAUUUGGAUUUUGGAUCCUAAGAUGAAAUGGGAGAA